GUCCCUUAUCUUUCGCUAUCCAGCCCUCCGAGUCAAGUAAGUUCCCCCUUCCUUCUCUUUUUUCUUUCCCGGCCAUGUAUUCGUCUAGCGAUAGGAUCUCGUCCUCAGAGGACUGCUCCUCUGAGGAUUCCAACUCAUCUUCCUCGACCGGGUCUUCUUCUCCUGAAUCUACGCCCGGUCAGGUUCCCAACUCCUCCAUUCCCGACCCGCAUCCUGUAAAUCAGGUGCCCGGUGAAACUUUCGUGGGGAGGGAUGACCCAGUCGAUGACGAACCGGGCCCCUAUGACCCUGAACACGAAACCCGGGAUGCGUGGGAGGAGCGGCUUCAUGCUGCCGGUUACUUUCUGCUUCCCACCUUCUACGUCCUUGACAUCCCCUCCCGUGUAUCCAAAAUUGCCCUGAACAAAAUUCGUAGGAGGCUCCCGGACGGGUAUACCCUUCUAUACGAACCCAACUGGCCCAAUAUUGUCGAACCCCACCGGGAGGACAGGAUAGGGUUCCACACCAUUUCCCUAGAUGCGGGCAUAGUUUUUCCCCUUCGCCCCCUCCUAACCGAAGUAUGCCACGCGUUUGGGAUUUUGCCCGGUCAAAUAACUCCCAACACCCACCGGUAUCUCCAUUCCUUUGUAAAUAUCUGUACCCAUCUGAAAAUCUUCCCUUCUUUGCGUCUUUUCCUUUUUUGCUUCGAAGUCCUACCGGGCGGGGCUGGCUGUGAAGGCUUUGUAUUCUUCAAAGCCCGCACCGGUAGGAAGUUCAUUUCCGAAGUCCCCCAGAGUAACCGGGGAUGGAAGGAAAAGUUUGUUUUCAUCGAAUUUCCCCCCUUCUUUACUCCUCUGGCCGGUCUGAAAUGGAAUGACCAUCUCCUCGACCAAGAGUAUGCUGCACCGGCCUCCUCCCCAGACUUGGAAGCUAAUCUCGAGAUCCUCAUGCGGGGGGAUCCUCAAACCGGGAGGAUCUUCCAUCAAGGCAGCUGGGUUUGGAGGGUAGAGUCGGGUGGUGAGGGUACCUCCCAGGCCCAGGAAGCAGCGGGGCACGGGGUACCCUCCCCGGGCAACACUGCAGAGGCCGAGGGCCAAAACCACCCAGAUAUGGAGUUCGAAGAAUUCGCCAUCCCUGACGACCAACCAGCCGGGGAGACCGGGGGCUCCGAAGCCAAUCCUGCCAGGACUUUCCCGGUCAAUCCAGAGCCCGUGGAAAUCCUGGAUGAAGAUGAGCCCCAAGACAACCGGUCUAAGGGGAAGGAGAAGGAGAAGGCCGGUCGCCGGGUGAAGAAGGUGGCCACCACGCACCCUUCCUAUGCCAGGAAGAGGGCAAGGUCAGACCCUGAGCCGGCCUCCCAGACCAUUGAAGAGGCUUUUGUCAACCUGGGCCUGAGGCUGAAGGAGGU